AUGUGCCGGGCUCAUGGUACCGAUUGUAUCUAUCCUCGGCCGGGUGAUAACUCCCGGCGAGGGUCCGUAGCUUCGCCGCGGAAGUUGACGCCCAAGUCGCGACAGACACCGAGAACGGCAGCACAACCCAAGAAGAGCCUUUCGACAUUAACCUCUCUCCACAACCAACAGGUAUUGACUCAUCCGGUAGAGGCAGUUAGCCCCUCAAGAGAGUUUGCUCCACAAACAAUCAGCAGGCCUGCAGCGAGUCUAGAGACACAAUCGUGCCCUCCCAUUCAUGGGCAUUUUAGUCGAGAGGCAUUUCCUAAUCUAGUGGGCAUCGUUACCGAGGCCGACGACAAUAGCUCGCAUAUAGUUAGUCCUGCAGUUGCCGAAGAUAACGAUAUCCUGGAGAGCUACCUCUCUACCGUCCCAGAUGCUCGGCGGAGGUCGAUAAUUCAGACAGAUCCGAACUCAAGACGGCCUGUAAGACCAGUGCUGUUCAACACUGUACCCAGGCGGCCAUUAGGAGUCUCUGCAAAUCAGUCGCUUCCCGCUACAAAAUGUGAAUUCAUCGAAAAAUACCUAGAGCCAGGUGUCGAUGAUGUUGUGGACCUAUUCUUUCACCAUGUCAACAUAUGUUUUCCUAUUUUUGAUGAAAUGUCCUUUCGACAUGUCUAUUGCACGCAUAAAGAAAAUAUUUCGCCGGCUUUUCUUUGCAAUCUGUAUGCCAACGCUCUGAUCUAUUGGGAGAAUUCGCCCAGUUUGCGGUCCGGUCGCUGUCCCGAUAUCCGCUUCAUUUGGAACCAAGCCAACGAAGCUCUCCAUUCAGAGCUAUUUCUAUCCCCCGGGAUAUCAACGGUCAUGGCGAUUAUUCUGAAUGUUUGCGGAAGGCCAAGUACCUCCAUAUUCGGCAAUGGGGGGAUGGUUGGGACUGCAGUCGCCCUGUCCAAUGCUCUGGGCUUAAACCGUGACCCUUCCAAUUGGAAUAUUCGUCCAAUGGAGAAAAGUUUUCGGAUUCGCAUUUGGUGGCUGGUUAUUAUACAUGACCGAUGGUGCAGUUUGGCUUACGGGACCCCCCUCCAGAUCCAUCGUGCGCAAUAUGACGUGCCCUAUCCGACCAUAGACGACCUUUGUUCUCCUAAUGCUUCACAAUCCCAAAUAGCAGCUUCCCUAGUCUUCCUCUCCUUGAUAAAAUUGACUGACGUGUUGGGUAUUUAUCUUCAACACGUAUACAGGGUCUCCGAGAGCACGCCGUAUCCGCCGGAAAUGUCUUCCAUGGACCUCGAGCGGCUUCUCACCGAUUGGGAAGAAUCUUUGAGCGGCGAUGUCCGUCACAUCGUCCUCCGAGGGACACAUUUGAAUGCUCCAGGGGCGGCAAACUUCCGACUAGCCUACCUAGCGAUCAAGCUUUUGCUGAGACGCAUCCAGCUCGACCUCGACGCGGAACCCAUGAAAGCUGUUGAUGAGACCACGUCUCCAUUCUAUACACAAGCACAAAGGGCGGCGGAGGAAAUCGUUCAUAUGGUAAGGGAGCUGGAAGAGUCACAUUUUCGUGGAUUUUGGAUCCCAGUACAUGCCUUCUCCUUGACCUCCGCCACGACCUUCUUGCUUCGAAGUGGUCUUCGUAGAAGCAAUGCACACUCUAAUGCUCCCCUCAAACUUGCUGAAGACAUGAUCAGUACACUCCGAUCACAUCGCGAUCGCUUUUCUUGGGAUCUGGCCGAUAAUUGUUUGACGACAUGCAGCGAUCUGGUCGAGAAGUUGAGCUCUGCCGACGCUGGGAACUAUUCCUUGUCUGCCGUUCCGGCUUUUCAAGAAAUUGACUUCUGUAACUCAUCUUUUCUGGAUGAACUGCUUAUCGGAUUCCCAGAGCUUACAGAUACGAGUGAAAUUUGA